AACCCGGAAGUGAAGGCUCUCGGUGUGGGACGUUUGCAUCCUGUUCGUAUUUAAAACAAAGAUAGUUUUAUUUAUUCAUAGCGAGAACAACCUGUCGGGACCAAUGAAGCCCCUGAUUACAGCCGCGUUCCUCCUGCUGCUGGUGGAGGGAACCCGGAGCUGGAACGAAGGUGGCGUGCUGCUGCGGGACGUUCAGGUCCUGACCCUGUACAGAGACCGCUACACCACAGCGCGGCGCUCCAGCCCUGUCCCUCAGCUGAAGUGUGUGGGGGGCUCGGCUGGCUGCCAGGCCUUCAUGCCCGAGGUGGUCCAGUGUCAGAACAAGGGCUGGGAUGGAGUGGACGUCCAGUGGGAGUGCAGGACAGACAUGGAUGCUGCAUUCAGGUUCGGCCGUGUGGAGGUGAGCUGCGAGGGGUUCAGUCACCCUGAUGAUCCUAACAUCCUGCGCGGGUCAUGUGGUCUGGAGUUCACUCUGGAGCUGACGGAGGAGGGACGCAGGGCGAAGAGGGGGUCAGCAGGGGGGUCCAAGGGCUUUGAAGAUUUGGGGGGCUUUGCCUCCAGUUUCUUCAGUGGUUUCCAUGGAAACGGUCAAAGCCAUCAGCAGGGUCAGAGGUCGUCGUCGUCAGGCGGGGAGGACUCUACAAGUCUGCUGGUCCCCAUCGUGCUGCUGCUUUUAGCCUUCCUCGUCUACAAGCUCUUCCUCAGUGGGAACACGGACGCCGCCCAGGGGGGGCAGGACGGGGGGCAGAAUGGGGGGCAGACCGGUUAUCAUGACAACCAGCAAGGCUUCAACACUGGACCCCCUCCUCCGGGAUUCAAACCGGACUACACAGGCUCUCCCGGGGGGAACCCCUCCUAUGGUUUCCAUAGUGACUACACUCAGGGACCACAGUACCCAGGACGCCGAGCAGCUCCAGGCCCAGGUGUAGGAGGAAGCUUCUUGAGCGGCAUGGGGACAGGGGGCCUGCUGGGAUAUCUGUUCGGAGGUCGGAGGAAUCAGCCCAACUUCCCCACAUUCAACAGCAGCAGCAGAGCACCUCCUGCACCCGGGCCCUCCUCCUCUGGGACCCGCACUGCCUCAGGGUUUGGAGGAACGAAGAGAAGAUAGGAGGAGCUGAGGAGGAGGAAGAGGAGGAGCUGUGCGCUGAGUGUUUGUUAGGAGAAGGCGUCUGAUUGGCUCUGAGAUCAGCGUCUCUGUGAUCGUUUGCUUCGUGCUCGUCAGUCCCGAGUUCACCUGCAGUUCUGAGACUUUGGACACAGUUUGAAUGUGAAGAGUUUGAAUUCUGUAUUUAAAGGUUUUAUUUUGUGUAAUAUUGAUCAUUGAUAAUAAAAUAAAGACAGAAAUGUGA